CGGCGCGGGGCUGCGGGCGAGGUGAGGGCGCGGCGGGUGCUGCGGGGUCGGCGUGCGGGAUCAGUGCCGGGCAGUGGGGAGGCGGCGCCGGGGGUCCCCGCGCCCCUUCCCGAGCCGGGGGAAGCUGGGAAAGGUCCUGGAAAAGGGGUUCUCCCUGCGUGCCGCGCGGCCCGCCGCGAGUAUGGACAGUGCGGAGCGGCUGGUGAGGGGGCUCGUCCCUCCGCUGACCCACGACAAGCACAAGGGCAUGGACGGCAGGAUCGGCGUCGUGGGGGGCUGCCAGGAGUACACUGGGGCCCCCUACUUCGCGGCCAUCUCAGCCCUCAAAGUGGGUGCAGACCUGUCCCACGUGUUCUGUGCCCGGGACGCAGCGCCCGUCAUCAAGUCCUACAGCCCCGAGCUCAUCGUGCACCCGGUCCUCGACAGCCCCCAGGCCGUGGGCGAGGUGGACAAGUGGCUCUCGCGGCUGCACGUGCUGGUGGUGGGGCCCGGCCUGGGCAGAGACGACGCGCUCCUGGCCAGCGUCAAGGGCAUUCUUGAAGCCUCCAGAGAGCGGGACCUCCCUGUGGUCAUCGACGCGGAUGGGCUGUGGCUGGUAGCCCAGCAGCCUGGCCUCGUCCACGGCCGCCGGAACGCCCUGCUCACGCCGAACCACGUGGAGUUCCGCCGGCUCUGGGAGGCCGUGCUGGGGGAGCCCAUGGACAGUGGAGGUGACGGCCGCGCGGCCGUGCAGAGACUCAGCCAGGCCUUGGGCAACGUGACCGUGGUCCGGAAAGGGGAGCAGGACGUGAUCUCCGACGGCCGGCAGGUGCUCGUGUGCAGCCGGGAGGGCAGUGCCCGCAGGUGUGGCGGCCAGGGCGACCUGCUCUCCGGCUCCCUGGGCGUGCUGGCGCACUGGGCACUGCUCGCCGGGCCCGAGAAGACCCACAGCUCCAGCCCGCUGCUGCUGGCUGCCCUGGGCGCAUGCGCCCUCACCCGGCAGUGCAGCCGCCAGGCCUUCCAGAAGCACGGCCGCGCCACCACGGCCAGCGACAUGGUGGCCGAGAUCGGGGCCGCCUUCCACGCGCUCUUCGAGGCCUGAGCCCAGCCCCGGCCCAGGCCGCCUGGACUGUGCCCCAGUACCCGCCCUCAUGCCGUGUGAUGCUCACGGGAGUCGCCCCUCUCCCUUGGGGGUGCUGAGGGCCCGGAGGACAGGGGCUCGUGGCCGUGAGCACGUGGGGCGCCCAGCAGCAAAGGCCCUGUGGCGGCUCCAGCCCAGGUGCUGGCUCGCCCCCUCGCCUGAGGAGACGCGGAGACGCACCUGCCCGGGCCCUGGCCUGGCCGUCCAUGCCCAUCAAAGUGCUCCCGAGUCACUCCCAUUCCUUUGUUUAUCUGUAGCCACUUCUACAAGUUUAUCAGCUCUUCCCCUAAUCAGACUCUGUUAAUUUGUAAGGUCAGACCUUGCUAGGACAUUGAACUUGUAUUGUAGGUUAAUAUUGUCUUUCUCCUCUCUUAUGUCUUUUGAAUAGUUUACUUUAAAGCAAUGUCCUUUUUGUGUGGACAAAGAAAGACAUUUGUUAAUAUGCUUUGGUAACAUGGGACUUAAUUGGUUUCAAGUAUUAUUCAUUUCCGGGCAUCUGCUUUCUGGACUUAAGCCUCAGCUGCCCUUACUUCCUAGCACCCCGAAAAGCAGGGUCCCGACGAGGGACGGGACAGACCCAGGGCAAGCGGUAAGUUAUGUGCUAACCUGGCAUCAAGAUGGGCCUGGCCAAAGUGCCUAAUGCUUAACUAUAUCUUAAGAGCUUGGUCAUGGGCUAGUCAUGUCAUGAUUCAAAAGCAAGGAGGAGACUAGGGCCCUGCUAGGGCUAGGAAAGACUAAUCUGGCCUGAACACUGUAGUCUGAGAUCGAGGUGACACCCCCCCCCCCCAGAGCAAUUCUAUAAGCUUAAUGCGUCUCUUGCUAUGUCCAUACAAAACGAUUCAUAAUAUGAAUACUUAUAUGUUAGUUGGACAAAGAGAGGAGAAACACACCAUGGGAUUCUGCUCUUGGGUGAUGUCCUGCUGAGAGAGAUUCUGUCCUAGUGAAAGCACUAGGGAUAGAACUUUACCCCCUAUUGCUCGUAACCACACCUAUGCUUAAGCCCUGGCCCAGCCAGAUGCUGGGGGGAUAUAUAAGGUGGCUGUGAGAGGGGGCUGGGGGAAGUGCUGUCGAAUUCCAGGGCCAGUCCCAGGCCAGAUCUGGAGAAGGUAGAUCUAGAUCGAGACCCAGAGAAGGAGAAUGAAGUAGGAGGGGGGAGGGAGAAGCAGGAGGAGACUCAGAGGAGAGUGGAGAUGGGAAUGGAAUAAACUGCGACUGAGACCACCCAGCCUGG